GAGUUUCUAGUCGAAAUCGAGACAUAUAGAAGAUUCAGUGACAAGCAAUUCUUAUGGUAGCAGCGAAUAUAACAAUUUAGUUUUGAAUUUUGUGUUGUGUUCCUUUUUAUAAGUGGAUGGACUUAUAAAAAGAAUUAAUUAGUAUCUAUAGUUGGUUAUAAAUAGUGAGUGCACAAAAUGACGCUCACAAAUAAGAUGGAAUUGGACGAAAAAACCGCGAAGGGAGAGGGUUUUAAACCUUAUUAUAUUACCAAAAUUGAAGAGCUGCAAUUAAUUGUAGCUGAGAAGAGCCAAAAUUUAAGGAGGUUACAAGCACAACGUAAUGAGCUUAAUGCGAAAGUACGUAUGUUACGAGAGGAAUUACAACUUCUUCAAGAACAAGGUUCAUAUGUUGGAGAAGUUGUUAAACCAAUGGAUAAGAAGAAAGUCUUAGUUAAAGUGCAUCCAGAGGGCAAGUUUGUAGUGGAUAUAGAUAAAAACAUUGACAUCAACGAUGUAAAACCAAACUCAAGAGUUGCAUUGCGCAAUGAAAGUUAUACUCUUCAUAAAAUUUUACCAAAUAAAGUAGAUCCACUAGUGUCUCUUAUGAUGGUGGAGAAGGUACCAGAUUCUACCUAUGAAAUGGUUGGUGGUUUAGACAAACAAAUCAAGGAAAUUAAAGAAGUUAUAGAACUACCUGUUAAACAUCCUGAAUUGUUCGAUGCUCUUGGAAUAGCACAACCUAAAGGAGUUCUUUUGUAUGGACCACCAGGUACAGGAAAAACUUUAUUGGCAAGAGCAGUGGCUCAUCACACUGAGUGUACAUUUAUUCGUGUGUCUGGUUCUGAAUUGGUACAGAAAUUCAUUGGUGAAGGCUCAAGAAUGGUUCGUGAACUAUUCGUAAUGGCUAGAGAACAUGCACCGUCUAUUAUAUUUAUGGAUGAAAUAGAUUCAAUUGGAAGUGCUCGUAUUGAGUCUGGAUCUGGUGGUGAUAGUGAAGUCCAAAGAACUAUGCUCGAAUUACUGAAUCAGUUGGAUGGAUUUGAAGCAACAAAAAAUAUUAAAGUUAUUAUGGCAACAAACAGAAUUGAUAUAUUGGACCCUGCUUUACUUAGACCUGGACGUAUCGAUCGUAAAAUUGAAUUUCCACCUCCAAAUGAGGAAGCGCGUCUUGAUAUCUUGAAAAUUCAUUCAAGAAAAAUGAACUUAACUCGUGGCAUUAAUUUAAGAAAAAUCGCAGAACUUAUGCCUGGCGCAUCUGGUGCAGAAGUUAAGGGAGUUUGUACAGAAGCCGGUAUGUAUGCCCUUAGGGAACGCCGCGUUCAUGUUACCCAAGAAGAUUUCGAAAUGGCUGUUGCUAAAGUUAUGCAGAAAGAUUCUGAAAAGAAUAUGUCCAUUAAGAAGUUAUGGAAGUAAAUAGUUAGGCUUAUUGUUUCAAUAUUAUUUACAUUUUUUGUAAAAUCAUUUGUGAAAUCCAUAUAACUUCAUAUAAAAUAAAAUUUAUAAUUGUAAAAAAAAUUUAUUUCAAAUCAUACUAUUACUACUACUACUACUACUACUACUACUAUUGCUACUACUACUACUACUAUUACUACUACUACUACUACUACUUCUACUACUACUAUUACUACUACUACAACAAAGAUUUAGUGUUAAUCAAGUAUUUUAUAACUGUCGAACUUUCUUAAUGUCAUGAAAUACACAUACUAAUGCAUAUUUAUUGUA